CAAUCACUUCCGGCAAAUUGUUUGGUUAUCAAAGGUGAAAUUAGCUCGGCCCUACAUUGAAAAUAUUUGCAUCUGCUAACCAAUCGAGCAACUUUAUAGUUCACUUUAACGGAUUCAACGUGUUCGGAAACGACAAUGUAGGGAUCGGGACCUUGUUUUUUUUUUAUAUAAUACUUUUCUAACACAAUUGUGAACGUCUGUAGCUCACUAGCUUAGCGGCGUUGCGAGCUUCAGCUGUCUGACUCGAGCUAGAAGUUGGCUCGAUGGUAACCAACCAACUAACGCUAGCUAGCUACCAACAAGGUGAAGGGACCCAAAAAAAUACAGUUAUAUUGGAAAAGUUAUUGCACAGUUAAGAAACAAUAGUUAGCUGCUACACAACACACCAUUGGCUGCUUUUACAUUUUAGAAAACCUUAUUUUAAGCCAAGCCAUUUGAAAAUAACUGAGAUUUUCAUGUGAGCGCUAGAGGUAGAUUAGGUAUAUUAAUGGGAGGCGGGUUGAGUGCAUCUUGUCGGCGACACUUGCGAAGGAGUAGGUUUCGGCGACCUGCCAGGCUUGAAUGGAGUCGCUGGCUGGCUACGUUUAUAAAGCGGCCGGCGAAGGUCGCGUCUUGACGCUGGCGGCCCUUCUCCUCAACCACUCCGAGUCCGAGACUCGGUAUCUGCUGGGCUACGUGACCCACCUCGCCGGCCAAAGAUCCACUCCUCUCAUCAUCGCAGCUCGAAACGGACACGACAAAGUUGUGCGGCUGCUUCUGGACCACUAUAAAGUAGACACUGAACAGACGGGAACAGUCAGAUUUGACGGGUAUGUGAUCGAUGGAGCUACAGCCCUGUGGUGUGCUGCCGGCGCAGGGCACUUUGAGGUAGUCCGGUUGCUGGUGACCCACCUGGCCAACGUCAACCACACCACCGUCACCAACUCCACCCCUCUGAGGGCAGCCUGUUUCGACGGGCGCCUGGACAUCGUCCGCUACCUGGUUGAUCACAACGCCAACAUCGGCAUCGCCAACAAGUAUGACAACACCUGCCUGAUGAUCGCAGCCUAUAAAGGUCACACGGACGUGGUGCAGUUCCUGCUGGCGAAGGGGGCCGACCCCAACGCCAAGGCCCACUGCGGCGCCACCGCCUUGCACUUCGCCGCCGAGGCCGGCCACCUGGACAUCGUCAAGGAGCUGGUGCGUUGCCACGCCACCAUGGUGGUCAACGGCCAUGGCAUGACUCCUCUGAAGGUGGCGGCUGAGAGUUGCAAGGCGGACGUGGUGGAGCUGCUGCUGCUGCACGCUGACUGUGAGCCGCUCAGCCGCAUCGAGGCGCUGGAGCUGCUGGGGGCGUCCUUCGCCAACGACCGCGAGAACUACGACAUCCUGAAGACCUACCACUACCUGUUCCUGGCCAUGCUGGAGCGCUGCCGAGACCCUGCCAAGCCCAUCCCCAAGGAGGCUGGCCCGCCUGUGGAGGCGUACGGGGGCCGGGGCGAGUGCUCCACCCCCCAGGAGCUGGAGGUCAUCCGAGGGGACCGCGACGCGCUGCACAUGGAGGGGCUGAUGGUCCGUGAGCGCAUCCUGGGCUCGGACAACAUCGACGUGUCGCACCCCAUCAUCUACCGCGGCGCCGUGUACGCAGACAACAUGGAGUUUGACCAGUGCAUCAAACUGUGGCUGCACGCACUGCAGCUCAGGCAGAAGGGAAACCGCAACACCCACAAGGACCUGCUGCGCUUUGCCCAGGUCUUCUCCCAGAUGGUGCACCUGAAGGAGGCGGUGUCGGCGGGGGCGGUGGAGCAGGUGCUGUGCUGCUGCGUGCUGGAGGUGCGGAGGAGCAUGGGGCGCGUGGAGACGGCCCCUGAGGCAGAGCUGCCCGCCACCAUGGACAACUACGAGUCCAACCUGUUCACCUUCCUCUACCUGGUCUGCAUCUCCACCAAGACGCUGUGCGGAGACGAGGAGCGCGGCCGCAUCAACAAGCAGAUCUACAACCUGAUCCAGCUGGACCCUCGCUCGCGCCUGGGCAGCUCCCUGCUGCACUUGGCCAUCAGCUCCAACACGCCCGUGGACGACUUCCACACCAACGACGUGUGCAGCUUCCCCAACGCCCAGGUCACCAAGCUGCUGCUGGACUGCGGCGCCCAGGUCAACGCCGUCGACAACGAGGGCAACAGCCCGCUGCACAUCAUCGUUCAGUACAACCGGCCAAUCAGCGACUUCCUGACGCUGCACGCCAUCAUCAUCAGCCUGGUGGAGGCGGGGGCGCACACGGACAUGACCAACAAGCAGAAGAAGACUCCGCUGGAUAAGAGCACCACAGGUGUGUCGGAGAUCCUGCUGAAGACCCAGAUGAAGAUGAGUCUGAAGUGUCUGGCAGCGCGGGCCGUGAGGCAGCACCACAUCACCUUCCACAACCAGAUCCCUCGCAGCCUGGAGGAGUUUGUGGAGUUCCACUGACGCUCCGCCACAACCACAACCAGGAGAGAAACACAACACAAAAUACUCCUUAUUACAUUUUUUUGUAUUGGUAUGAUGUUUUUUAUUGUUAUCUAACGAAUCAAAAGUAUGGUUCUGGGUGAAGGUGAUACUGAUGGAACAGUUUCAAAUGCAUUUGUUUUAUAAAUGACAGUUGCUUUUGUCUAUUGUAAGUAUACAUUGUGGAAAAACCAGCACUCAUAGGAGGUAUGGACCACCAUGUCUCUGGUGGUUUUCAAACUGGAGUUUAAAUGAUUUAUUUAGCUAGUGUUUGUCUUACUAAUCAGUAGGAACUGAUAGUAAGAACUUACUGUGAGGAGUCUGUAAUGCAAGUAUUCCAAAGAAGCACAGUGAGCAGGCUGCUGAGAUCAAGUCCUGGAGGUGGGCUCUGCUGGUCCAGUCCUCAGCAGCAGCAGGGGGUGGGCUCUGCUGGUCCAGUCCUCAGCAGCAGGAGGGGGUGGGCUCUGCUGGUCCAGUCCUCAGCAGCAGCAGGGGGUGGGCUCUGCUGGUCCAGUCCUCAGCAGCAGCAGCAGGA